GCUUGACGGCCCCGGGGACCCUAAUUUCCUCUUUCCAAAUCCCUAUUCCCUACCUCUUCUCAGUAAUCUCACCCGCCCUGGCAUUCGAGAGAGAGAGAGAGAGAGCAACGAUGGGAUCGAAUGAUGAGGUUUCCAAUUGCAGAAUGACCCGGUCCGCCUACAAUCAGAAAAAAUUUGCUGAUCGCAGAAUGACCCGUUCUGAAUUCCUGGAGCUGCAGAAACAACGUCAAGGAGAUGGGAAACCACAGCAGCGGCGGCUGCGGCGGCAGAAGAAGAAGAAGAUUAAGAAGAAGAUGUUAAAGCCCGUCAGGGUUAAUACAUUGACAGGGAGAGACAGAUACGUCCGUGAUUUUACCCCGGAAGAACGCGAGGUUUACAACAAAAGGGUCAGGGAGAGCGAGGGGUUUGAUGUUGGUGAAAUUCCGGAUGAGGUUAUUUUGAAUCCUGUGAUAAGAGAAAUUCCGUUGGAUCCUCGUUGCAGUAUCAUAGUGUAUUCCACUACUUCAGCAGAGACGGCUCUUAGAGAUUACAACAAAGAUAAUCACACCGAAUACCAGUUUGUCAAGCUCGUCAGGGUGUGUUACCGUCUGGCUAUGGGUAAUAUGUAUUAUAUUACCUUUCAGGCCAAGCAGAAUGGGAUAACCCGUAACUUCCAAGCACGCGUUCGUGAGUUUUUGGGGAUGCAUAUCGAGUUUUGCAGGGAGGAGAAAAUGCCCAACUUAACAUAAGUAUGAGGAUGACAUAAUGAGAUUGGUAAUCAAUCAACGGUAUGAAGAGAACAGCUCUCUGGUCAGAAGAUUGUUAAAAAUCGACUGAUUUUCUGUUUCAAUGUGUAAUAUUUAAGGUUUCCUUUCUAGCAAUUGUUAGGUGUUCCUUUGUCAUUUAUUCAUUUUGAAUUUCCACAGGGUAUUUUCUAGACAGAACCUUCCAAAAGCUUGUAUGCCAUGUUUGUCCUAAUCAAGGGCAGAGCUACUGUGGAUCCAAAAGACAAUUUGUUAUGGUUUAGUAUAUGAUUUUGUUAAAUAUUAAUUUUCAGCCUAUUUUUGAACA